CUCAUAAACGAUUCGUUGUGCGCGGUAGCCACACGGCACAGAGUGAAAGUAUAGUUUUUUCGCAUUAUUUUAAACAUUCAUUGAGUUUCGUGAAAAGAAAAUGGGAAAAUCAGAACAGCAGAUUGCUGAGCUACAGAAGCAAAUUCAGGAGUUGCAGCAAUUUGUGAGGAAAAGGCCUAAAAAGAAACAUGGGUAUCGACGCUCUCGAUAUCCACGGCGGCCAUGUUCGUGUGGAAAGAGAGACUGCUCUAAGAACAGAAGUCGAUCUAGGAGCGUUUCCAGGAGACGUUGCAGAACGAGAUCCCGCUCACAUCGUCGAGGAAGAGUGGCUUGGACCUCAACAUCGGGCUCUUCAAGCAGAAACAGUAGCCAUACAUCGAGAUCAUCGAGAUCCCCCGCUGGAUCUCUUCGUCCCCGCAGCAGAUCCUCGACCAGUAGAAGAUCUUCAAGCAGAUCUCAUACACCACGGGGAUCGAAAUCAGGGGAGAAAAAUCCAGACACGAACCCUGAAGAUGGCCCUCCAAAGGAGCUGUUGACCAAAUAGGCUUUGGAAAUAAUUGGAGUGAACCCGGCUGAUGUAACACUGAAAGAAACAGUCUUUCCUGCAAACAUUGUGGACAGAUGUGGUCCCUUGUUAGCUGCGGGACUCCAAACAGAAGAAAGGGAGAACCUAUCACUGAAGUACGCGCUAAACGGUCCGCUCUCUUUGGAAACUCCGUUAUUGAAACCAGAAGUGGAGAGCUACCUCCAAGAAAACGAGAAAAAGCGGGACAAGGGUUUCGCUGAAACGCAAAAUAAAAUCGGCUUGGCGAUGGUUGCUGU